ACCCUCCAUUUUCUGUCUCUAUCUCUAUCUCUAUUUCUCCACCAUAAAAACCCUAGCAAAACCCUAAUCUUCAAAUCUCUUGUCUUUCAUUUUCCACCGCAAGAAUGGCAAAGAAGAAAGUGACCCAGAAGUCCAAUGACACCAACCAAGAUAACCCACCAGAUCAAAAGACUCAACACAAAACUGAGGAGAAAACCCUCAUUGACAAACCCACCAUGGAGGAUCUUUCAGAGAAUAUCAAAAAUCUGAAGAGUCUUAACUCUAUGCUACUCAAAGAGACCAUUGAGAGGAGACAGCAGGUGGAUUCGUUGAAUCAAGCCAAGGAAGACUUGGAGUCUCAGUUGGCUCGAUUCAGUUCUGAAAAGAGUGAGUUGGUGGCUCAGUUGAGUGGGGAGAGUGAGAAAAAUGUGAGCUUGGAGAUAGAGAAGGUUUUGUUUAGUGUUUUUGUGACGACCCAAAUGAAAGAAAUGGGUCUAGAGUUUGAUAAAGAGAAUAGUGAGAGAGAGAAUGAGAUUAGGGUUCUUCAGAGUGAACUGAAUGAACUGAUGGGUACUCUUGAAAAUGAGAGGAGGAAGGUGAUUCAGACUUGUAGAGAUAGGGAUGUGCUGAAGAGUUUUGGUGAACAGGAAGCUUUGAAGGCACAUGAGUUGAAGGAAAUAUUGGUUGAAAUGGAGAAAAAAGAAGGUGAUUUUAAAGAUGAGAUUUUGAUUCUAAAGAAAGAAUAUGAAAGGUUAAUGGAGGAGAAAAAUGAGAAGGACAGCGACUAUGAAGCUGUAAAAGAAGAGAAAGGAUUUGUGGAGAGGAGAUUGGAUGAGACUGUGAAGAAGAUUGAUGGUUUGAAGGAAGAGAUGGAAGCGAUUGUAAGGGAAAAGAAAAAAAUGGAGAUCGAGAAAAGUGGGCAAAAGGUGAAAGUUGAUGAGUUGAACAAAGAAGUAGAGAGAUUGAAUGAUGUUGUUUUGGAAUUUCAUAAGGAGGAGAAAGUGUUGCGUGAAAAAGUUUUGGAAUUGGAGAAGAGUUUCUGCGACGCUAGGGACAAGAAAAAGGAGAUGGCAUUGAAGAUCAAUGAUUUGAUAAGUGAGAAAACACAAAAGCAGAGCAGUAUUGAGAGGCUUAUAGAGGAAAAGGAGGGGAUCUCUCGGAGGUUGGACAUGGCCAUUGUGGAAUUAAAUGAUAAGGAGGGCCAAAUUGAGAAACUGCUCCGUAAGAAGAAUGAGACUGAAGAGAAGAAAGUUAGUCAGGAGGUUGAGAUUAUUGAGCUGCAUAAAGAGAUUGGGGAACUGAGGGAUGUUGUUUUUACAUUGAAGGAGUCAAAUAGGGAUCAAGAAGAGAAAAACAAGCGCUUGCUGAAUGAAGUUAGGGACUAUAAAAAUUCUCUUGAUCGGAUUAUGCAUGAGAAAGAUGAAGCUAAAAAGGGUUUGGAUGAAGAGAAAAAGAAUGGCAUGGCAUUGCUAUCAGAAAUGUAAAAGAGGAUGCAGGAGAAUGUAGGAGAAUUGACAAAAAUUAGGAAUGAGCACGAGAGCCUCAUCGAGGAAAAUAAAAAAAUGCAGGGUCACAUUGGGUUGUUGACGGAGGAAAAAGAAUUGGUGCAGAAGAAUCUUUUGGAGGCAAAACAAGCUGCUGACGAUUUGAAGGCUAAAAUGGAAUCAAUUGGCUUCAACUCUGAUCGAGCUUUAAACAUGCUGAAGAAUACUGCAGCUGUAGUGUGUCAAUCUAAAGAUGAUCUUGAUGGGAAGGAAAAAGUGUUGGUCAAUACUAAGAAGCUUGGAGAUGAAACUGAAAUGUUUGCGGCUGAAUUGGAAGCAAUUCAAACUGCAUUUAGGAACAAGGAGAAAGUGGUGGAAGACAUGAAGCAGCAAGUUGAGUUCCUGCAGAAUUCUGAGGUGGAGGCACAUAAGAAAAAGAACUUCUGGACUGUGGUGUCUUCUGCAACAACUCUAUUUGCCGCAGCAUCGGUUGCAUAUGCUGCUAGAAUCCGCUGACUGGUUGGAUCUACUAUCUAAUUUUGUUAAUUAGAAGAUGUUGCUGUGGCUCUAAGAUUACUAAUCAAGUUCUCCUUGACCACAUGCAAAUUUGAUACUUUUUUAACUUCUGCUUAUGAAAAUAAUGUCUCUUUUGAAUGAUGCUGAAAUAACAACAUUUUGUGACAUUUUAAAA